GUUAUAAAAGAAAAAAAAUUCUAUUAAACAAGGAAGUUAUGAACAGAAUGCAGAAAAAUAAGUAAAAUUUUGGCUCAAGUAUUGGAAUGAUUAUUAAAGACAUAGGCAUUAACACAAGCCGCUCACGGAGUAAUUACAACAUGAAAAACACAAGGAUAAACAUUUUCAUCAUGGUUCUAUCAUUUACCAUAAUCCAAUAUCAGAUACAAUUCAAAGGAGCUGAUGCAACAACAAUAGUAGCUGACACAACUACAGUGGCUGACGCAACUAUGGCAGAUACUACAGCAGCUGAUGCUACAACUACAGUGGCUGACGCAACUAUGGCAGAUACUACAGCAGCUGAUGCUACAACUACAGUGGCUGACACAACUCCGGCAGAUACUACAGCAGCUGAUGCU